UCCAACCCCACAACCACAACCAAACCAAACGCACGACGCCCACCUGUCUCCUCCCGCACGCACGCCUCGAACCUUCCCCAGGCCGCGGAGGAAGGGAAGGGAGGAGCGAUGGGCGAGUACUGCGCCCCGGCGGCGGCGGCGGAGGCGGAGGGGGAGCGGCCGGUCGCGGUGUCCGUGCUGCCGCUGCCCCCGGUGGCGGCGGCGGGCAGGUACCUGUACGGCGACUACGACCGCUGCUCCACCAAGCAGGUCUUCGACAACCUCCACGGCAACAUCUCCCUCGACCCCUUGGCCCGUGAAUUUGUCGAUACAGAGGAAUUUCAGAGGUUGCGGGAUCUGAAACAGCUUGGCCUUACAUAUCUGGUGUUUCCCGGGGCUGUCCACACACGUUUUGAACAUUCCUUAGGUGUUUAUAGACUUGCUGGGGAGGCUAUGAACAAUCUUCAGAAGUACCAGGGAAACGAGCUUGGCAUUGACCGCAUUGAUGUUCAAACUGUGAAACUUGCAGGUCUCUUACAUGACAUUGGACAUGGCCCCUUCAGUCAUCUGUUUGAGCAUGAGUUUCUUCCUCGUGUUCAUCCAGGAUCAACAUGGUCCCAUGAACAUAUGUCUGCACUGCUUCUGGACAGCAUUGUCGAUAAACACGCAAUAGAUAUUGAACCUGAUUAUCUGAAAGUUAUCAAGGAAAUGAUAGUUGCAAGCUCUGACGUCUCCACAGCAGAAGGUGUGAAGGAGAAGCGUUUCCUUUACGACAUUGUUGCUAACGGGCGCAAUGGUAUAGAUGUUGACAAGUUCGACUACAUUGACCGUGAUUGCAGAGCAUGUGGUAUUGGGAGCAAUUUCCAGCACUGGAGGCUUUUAGAAGGUAUGCGAGUGAUGGGCGAUGAAAUAUGCUACCCUGCCAAAGACUAUCUGAGCAUCCAUAAAUUGUUCACAACACGUGCUGAUCUGCAUCGGACUGUCUAUACCCAUGCCAAAGUAAAGGCUGUUGAACUGAUGCUUGUGGAUGCGCUUGUUGAAGCGAAUGAAUACCUGGGAAUAUCUUUGCAUGCCGAUGAUCCAGAGGACUUUUGGAAGUUGGAUGACACAAUCGUGAAAAGCAUCGAAACUGCUCCCAACGAUGAACUGAAGAAAGCAAAGGAAAUCAUUCAGCGUAUUCGCCGGAGAGAGCUCUACAAGUUCUGCAAUCAAUAUUCUGUUCCAAAGGAUAAACUGGACCAUUUCAAGAAUAUAACUGCACAAGACAUAGUUUGCUCACAGAUAACUUCAAAGGUGCUGCUGAAGGAGGAAGACGUGGCGGUCAGCAAUGUCAAGAUUGACUUGACACGUGGGAAGGACAACCCGCUCGAAAGCAUCAAGUUCUUCAAGGUAUCUAUGAUCAUCUUCACAUGUAGGAUAUGUAUGGUGGUUAUCAUAUUAUGCCUUGGCAUUGGUCUAAGUAGCAGUGUUGUGAUGCCAGGAUUUCGGAUGCGAAGAGAAGUUCCCGAUAACGGACGAGCGCGUGAGCCACCUGCUGCCCGUGUGCAACCAGGACAGGAUCGUGAGGGUGUACGCCAAGAAGCCGGAGCUGGUGGAGGCGGUGUCGGAGGCGUUUGAGAACCUGCAGCUGAGGAUGUACGGGGAGAAGACGCAGGUGCAUGGCACGCCCACCAAGAAGAAGCGCAGGUUCAACUAGGCUCUAGCUGCGGCAUACCACAGGCAGGCAGGCAGAGUAGGAAACGAAACAAACGACAUAUGGAGGGUGGACAUAUAUAUACAUAUACAUAUAUACUUACUAGUAGAGUCAGUUGGUUUUAGCUAGGAAAGUCAGUCAGUCAGUCAGUCAGUCUGCGUAGGGAAGUUAAAGGGAAGGACGACACACGCACUCACUGUUGAAGUGAAUUGUACAGUUUUGAUGCACGGAAACGGGGGAAAUUUUACCGUCGGCGGCAUAUCUAGUGUAGGUACUGACUGACACACAGGAUGGCUGCCGGGUGCAUGCAUGGUGCCUUGUGAUUUGGCCAUACACUCCCUCCCCCGUGUCCUCCGUCUGCUUACCUUACCACCUACUCCCUCCGAUCUAAAAUAGAUGACCCAAUUGAGUCAUCUAUUUUGGAACGGAGGGAGUAUUACCUAUAUCUAUAUGGAUGAUGAUGAUGAUGAUGACACUGCUACCAGUUACGGAAUGGUGAAUAUAUAUCACACACAUAGAAUCCCUUUGCAUGAUGAUC